AUGUCGGAUUCAGACGACCUCGAAAAUCUCCAGUGCAGACCGGAAGGCUACGACAUGGGGCUCGCGUCCCAAAAACUACUAGACACACCAUUCACGCCAAACGACAACCCGGCAGAUCGGCAUAGGCCUCUACAUCAUCGACUGCUUCCGUCUGUGGUACACAUCUUGCUCCUCGCCGUCGGUAUCUGUUUGGGCGUAUUCUGUGGUUCCUUUCUCGGUCUUAUACGGCCGCAGAGUCCUCAACAGAGCCUUUCCAGAUUCCAGAACUCGCCUGCUUAUGGAGCAGUGGCCGCUCACCCGCUGGAGACCAGGCCUGAUAUGCAUGUCGGACCCCGCAACCCUUACAGCGGCGCGCCAAAACCAGAGACGGACAAUGCGUGGGCAGCUUUGUUGAAGGGCUACAAUCUUCGCGUACCUAGCAGUUCGCUCAGCCAGGAGCACGCGCCAUCAAUACCUUUAUCUGAUGGUUCAGGGAACGUGUGGGUGUCUCUGGGCAUGUAUCACCACCUUCACUGCUUGGACUCGAUCCGGCAUCAGAUACAUGGCCGGAAUUGCAUCUCUCAGGACUCGACGACAGAAGCGGAUGGAUUCCCCAAACAUCUAGAUCACUGCAUCGAUACAUUGCGACAGUGGCUGAUGUGCCAGCCGGAUCUAUCUCUACGAUCUGUGUACUGGCGCGAGGAUGGAUUGUCCGCCGCCGCAAACAACUCAAUCACACAUGAGUGCGUCAAUUGGGAUGCACUUCAAGAAUGGGUGGAUCAACAUUCUAUCAGUGCUAAGGACGAGGCUGUGCAAAGGCCGGAUGGAGCACUGUUCGAUGGUCCCGAGCCACCGCCUCCUAGAUGUGCUACAAAACAGUCUUGA